AUGGCCGCCCCAACGUGCCGGUCUUCCCCUCCUCCGCUCCCAGGGGAGACGACCCCCGCCCCUCACCCCACCAAACCGCGGCACCCCACGGCGGCCCGGGUGGUUCCGAGCUCCCGGCGUAGCGCGGAGGUGCCAGCCCAGUCUCAGCGCGAGGCAAGACCGGAGCGAGGGCACUGGUGGGCGGGGGGGACCGACAGCGCCACCGCCUCUACGGGGGAGGCGGACCGCGACACACGGGGACCCCGGCUGGAGCCCCGCGCUCGCUCACGCCCCCUCCUCACGGCGUUGGAGUGCGAGCGGCCGGCCGGCGGCUGGUGCCGGCGCCGGCUCGUGGGGACUCGCCGGUGUGUGAGCCGCCGCGCGGAAGAAGCCGUUCCACGUCUGACAGAGACGCCCCCCCCCCUUUACCGCCCGCCCUCACCUCGAGCUGGCGCUGCCUCCCCGCGCUGCCGGCUCUGCCGCUUCGCCCGCCGCUACCCCUCACGUCCGCCCGCCACCGCGCCCCGCCGCCGUCCCCCUGGUGCCGGGCCCCGCGGUGGGCUAGGCAGCCAGCCCUCGCCCCCGCCACCCAGCCGCGGCUGCCGCAGGGAAGGGACUGCAGCGACUGCCAGCAGGGAGCAGAGGAGAGGAGCAGAGCUGCCGGAGGCUCGUGCAGCGCGCUGCGGCUGGCUCUCCGGGCAUGGACUGGGCUUCGCCCUCAGCCUGCCCGCGGAGAGGAGGGCGGUGACCGGCCGCCCAGCCACCCGGGGAGGAGAAGCACCCUCUCCUUCGCCGCGACCCAGCUCACGCCCGGUUAAAUGUCACGGCUUUCUGGCUGCUCCCCGCCGUCGCCCCGCGCGUCGCUCACCUCGGGAGGGGACUGUGAAGGUGGUGGCAGAGGCAGCCCCGGCUGUGGCGCGCCCCGCCGCCGCUCGCCGUGAGGGAGCGCUCCGGCAGCCGCCAGGGUGGGCCCAAAAAUGGAAACAGGGACCCAGCGAGGUUGAAGAACCUCCAUCCUUGAAUGCAGUCAAGUCUUUACUAGUAAAUAACCAGUGGAGCUGGACAACUUGGCAGCAAACUCUUUGUCUUUCCUGCUUCUAUCUGUGGAGCCUGGUUUGCAAGAAUUGGGAUGUUUUUAGCUCAAUGGCAGCUAAAGAAGUGACAGUGAAAACAAAGAGUAAAAUUUCCAAAACAUUUAUAAUUGACACAGCAGCAGACACAAGCUCGUCUUUUUCCAUCAUGUAUGAUAACUUGAACUUUCUGCCAGCCACAGGUGUCGAUGCAGGUGAGAUCCGAGAUCUGCAAAUACAAGAACUACAUGAUGUUGAAAAGCCACAGUCAAGUACUGGAUGA